AUGGGUCGCACCGCCCUAUUUGUGAUCGAUAUUCAGGCCGAUCUAGCCCAGGAUCCUCGAACUGAAAUUCCUCAUGCUGCUCGAAUCCGAGAUGUCGGGACCGUUAUUCUUUCAAAGGCACGAACAGCUAUAGACAAUGAAGUUAGUCGCGGCCUGGACGCCAAUCUUAGUAUAAUCAUCGUCCAACACCACGAGACCCCUGAAAAUGGCUCUUUGGUGAAAGGCAGUAAGCCAUGGGAGCUAGUUUUCAAACCGCGCAAUGAAGCAGAGAGGGUUGUGGAGAAGACUACCAGGAACACAUUCGAUUCCAACCAGCAACUCGCGGAUCAGCUGAAAGCUGAAGGGAUUGAAGAGAUUGUGGCUUUUGGAAUUCAGAGUGAAUGUUGCGUUCAAUCAACCUGUGAGGGGGCAUUAGCUGCUGGCUUCAAAGUUGUGUUGCUGCAGGGAGCCCAUUCGACUUAUAACAUAGGAAGUCGGAAGGCAGAGGAGAUUGAGCGGGAGGUUGAAGAAAAGCUCCGCAAAGAAGGUGCGGAAAUUACUCCAUGGGAUACAUGGCAUCCUUGA